AUGUCGGACCGAAAACGAUUAAUAUCUGAUCUUCGUGUAAUAGAUCUACGCGCUGAGUUAGAAAAGCGCAAUCUAGAUAAAAGUGGUGUACGCGGUGUGCUCGUACAACGUCUGUCUAAGUAUUUGGAAGAGAACGGGGAAGAUCCGGCUACUUUUACCUUCGAAUUAGCUACAAAUGAAGUAAAGACACCAUCGAAGCGGACAAGACGCACUGAAAGUGCUGUAGAGGCUGUUGAGGAAGAAACGCCAGUUAUGGAAGAUAUGAUAGUCCAAGAUACAGCUGGUGAGGAAGAGGAUACGGAGCAAUCGGAAAAUAAAAAUAAGAAGGCGGCUAAAGAAUCACCGAAAAAAACAGACGAAAUGGAGGUUGACGGUGAUGAGAAGGUUAACCGAAAACGUGAAAGUAAAGACGAGGCUGAAGCUAGUCAAGCAAAGAAACCCUGCUUGGAUAAAGAUGUUAGGAACGAGGAAGAACAUAAGGCGGAGAAUAAUACUGACGCCGAAGACAGCAUCAACUUAGAUUUGGGUGAAGACGAACUUUUGAAUGAAGAGACUGACAUCUCAGCUAAAAACAAGAAAGAUGACGCCGCCCACGUGGAAGCCGCAGCGGCCGCCAGCGUCGAGCCUUCGCAGACCACCGAGCCAGCGGACUCCUCAGAAAAUCAAGUAACCACCGAAGCGGCUGCCACUAGCAAUGAUUCUGAUAAAGUUGAUAGAGAAGACAAAGAUGACAAAGAGAAAGAUGGGGAUGUUGACAAAAAGGAAAAGAGGGAUGAAAAUAAAGAGGGUGGUGCAAGGAACUUAUGGGUUAGUGGAUUGUCUGGAGACACAAGGGCUAAGGAUUUGAAGCAGCUAUGUAGCAAGCACGGCAAGGUGAUUGGAGCAAAAGUAGUAACCAAUGCUCGUACUCCAGGAUCUCGUUGCUAUGGUUAUGUUACUAUGGCCAGUGCUCAAGAUGCGGAAAACUGUAUCAAAAAUCUACAUAGAACUGUGCUCAGCCUCAUUUCUCCACAAGUCAGCCACGGUUUACCCUAA